GAUAAAAAAAAAUGUGAAAAUGAGAGAGUAGAGGGCAAAAGAAAGUAGAGGCAGAGAGCAAGUGUGUCAUUGUCACAUUAUACUUUGAUAGCCAUUCUGGCAUGCUUUCUUUGCUCCACAGCGGAGUACACCACCACUGUCCACUGACACAGUCUCUCUAAUCUAAUGGAUGCAAAGUCUGCUGAAGCUGUUGUUCCCUUAGAACCAUUGAAGUAUCAGACAUGGUUCUUGAAAGUUUCGAUCCACUGUGAAGGUUGCAGGAGGAAAGUUAAGAAGGUUCUACAGAGCAUUGAUGGUGUUUUUACCACAACGGUUGACCCGCAACAGCAAAAAGUAACCGUCACUGGAAGCGUUGGAGUUGAGACGCUCAUAAGGAAACUGGUCAAAGCCGGAAAACACGCCGAGAUUUGGCCGGAGAAUCUCGCCGCCGGGAAGGGAAAGAACUCCGGCAAAGACAAGAAGCAGCAGCAGCAGCAGAAGAAGAAGAAGAACGAACAAGGAGAACCAGAAAGCGCGGUAAACAACUCUACUACAACAAAUGCAGAACAAAACACUAACUCUGGCACAAAAAAGGGAAUUGAAAAAAAUGCUGGCGAAAACAAGAGCACCGGAAACUCAAAGUCCGGCGGCGGAGAAAGUGAGGCAGCGAAACCGGAGAACAAGGGUGGUCAAAGUGAAGGGGGUUCUGGGAAGAAAAAGAAAAAGAAAGGUCAAAGCGGUGGAGUGAGUGCAGCAUGUGGUGAUGCACCUGCGCACACUGGAUCGGAGGUGCAGUGUUCUGGGCAGAUGAAUCUGAGCCCUACACGUCAGCAAUCAUACGUGUAUCCUGAAACAUACUGUUAUCCUCACCAAGUGGUGUAUCUAGCAACUCACAACAACAACAGGUUAUGUCCCAUGCCCAUGGGAACAAUGGGUGGUCCUUCUUACUAUGUUUCAUCAUUGCCCUACAUGUGUGCAGGCUUCGACCAUGACUCUCCUUAUUAUCGCUUUCAAUCUCCACCCUUCGAAAUCUUCAGUGAUGAGAAUGCCAACGGUUGUUCUAUUGUGUGACCAAAGAUAAAUCAAAUAAACAUAGUGCUUUUUGUUUCUUUGAUGGUCCCAGGUAGAGGUAGUUUUUUUUUUUUUUUGUUUUGUUAUGUUUUUGUAUUUUGAGGAGGGAAAAAUCGAGCUUAUGGCAUAUACGUUGUGCUCUGUCCUUGGAUUUUCUAGGGGCUCACUUUGCUGCAUUUACUACUCCAACACUGAAAUAUGCCCAACCUUACCUUAUUUUGAUCUUUUGGACCAAGCUGUAAAUAAUAUUCUAAUAUGGACCCUUUUAAUAUUUC